AUGAAAACCGAAACAACCAGCAACAAGGAAGGCGGCAACGCCAAGAUCGAUGAGCUGUGGCUCAUUACUGGAGUAUGCUUCGUCGUUUGCGCCACCUUUUGGCUUGGCACCGCAUCCCAACUACAAGACUUUUGGCCAACCAUUCAAAAUGCUUUCGUUGUUUUGGCCAUUUGCUAUACAGUCGAAAGAGUGGUGGUUGUUUCACUGCCAUGCCUACAGCGCCCCCAUGUCACUCUACACUUUGGCUUUGGCAUUGUACAGAACAUCAUCUACGUCGCCACAUUCCUGGCAAGUCCUUCCACUUUCGCAGAGAUUUGGACCAGCGUUUACUUUGGAUACUACCUCUGGACAUGGAUCGUGCUCGUGGCGCAUCAUCAGGAGUUGUUUACAAUCUUCCGCAUCUUUUUCACUGUUCAUCAUACCGUGUCCUUCUUCAUCACGGGAACUUGGAUUCUAGUGGCAGCUCAUUGUGACUGUCCAUACAACCUCUAUCUUCUCCGUGGAAUUGUCCUCUGGCUUGCCGCUGAUAUUUGGGGGUACAUACUCAAUUUUACCCGCAGCAUCUAUCCUGGAAUUCCGGUCCGAACCAUUCGCAGACUCCAACUGAUGGUCUUUGUCAUGGAUCGAAUUCAGAAAUCAUCGGCCUACAUCCAAGCCAUUGCAAUCACUCAUGGCAACAUGAACACUCUGGAUUGGGUUGUUCUAGGUACCGGUUUCUUCAAUGACAUCCUUGAUGCUUCCUUCCAAGUCCAUUCUCUAUAUUCUUACUAUCGCAAGGAACAAAACCAUCCAGAAUCCGAGAAAACACAUGAUUCAGACAACAACAUUGAAAGCAAUGCAACUCCAAACAGUUCCAUCCUCGCUGCUCUUGGAAACGACAGCCAAACAACAACAACUGGAAAGAUUCCCAAGCCCUUUGUCAGUAGCCCUCCAGAGCUGAAAGACUUGCUCUUGCUCCCCGAGUUUGACAAGACUACCCAGUGGGAAUUGCUACCAAAGGACUUUCAACGAUUGACCCAAGAGCGACUCAAGCUCGUGGCCCAAACGGGUGCCUUUCAAAUCAGCCGUGGACCGGGGAUGGGAUCUGGUAACACCACCGAACCUGAAGCAUUCAUGCGUCUAUUGGACGCCUUCCACUGGGCUGGUCUAUUCGAUUUGAGUCUCUUUGAUGUGGUUGGCGUCCAUGCCAUUGGCGGAAAUGUGGUAUUCAUCCAUGGGGAUGAUUCCCAGCUGGCAGAAAACCGAACCAACAUUGACCAGAUCGAAGACGUCUAUUGCUUUGGUGCCACGGAACUCGCUCAUGGGUCCAAUCUCAAGCAAAUCCAAACCAUUGCCGAGUUUGACGACAAGACCAAUGAGGUUGUCUUGAUCACUCCCUCCAGCACGGCUUGCAAGUACUGGAUUGGAAACUCCACAUUUGUGGCGGAUUACGUUGUGGUACUUUCCCGCCUGGUAGUCAAAGGCGAAGAACAGGGAAUUGGUUGGCUCCGAGUACCACUUUGGAAGAACAAAGACAAGACUGAGUGUUUUCCUGGAAUCCAUGUCAGGGACACUGGGGCCAAGGCAGGUUGCAAUGGCAUUGGCAAUGGAUGCAUUACUUUUGACCAUGUACGAUUGCCACGAUCUGCUUUGUUGUCUCGCUUUUGCCAAGUUGAUGAAAACGGUGAUUUCCAAUCUGCAUUGAGUAGCAGUGAUUUAUUCUUGCGGUCUAUCCAAACCUUUGUGCUGGAGCGCAUUGGUGUGGCCACUGCAGCCAUUGGCUGUGCCAAGAGCGCAAUCCAUGUGGCUCUGAGCUAUGCUGCUGUUCGCCAUCAGUUCGGCCCGGAUGGGGAUGAAGUGCCACUUAUAUCGUACCCCAUGCAUCAGAGACGCCUCAUAUCCCAUGCAGUGCGACUGUUUGUUGGUAAAGCCACAGUGGACAGGAUUGGAAGAGCCGCACAAGAAUCAUUCCAUCCCUAUGAGUUUGGAGCAGACAGAAAGAAGCUCCAUGCGGAGUCUUGCUUGGUCAAAGCCUUUGCAUCCUGGGAAAGUUUUGCUGCUGCGCAGGAAGCCAGGGAACUUUGUGGAGGCCACUCAUUUGCUGCCACCAGCCAGCUUGGCAUGGCAUGA